AUGUGGAAGCUGACGACCGGUGAGGGCCGGGGACCGUGGCUGCAGUCGAAGAACGGCUUCCUUGGCCGGCAGGUGUGGGAGUUCGACCCCGACGCUGGCACGCCCGAGGAGCGCGCCGAGGUCGAGAGGCUGCGCGAGGACUUCACCAAGCACCGCUUCCAGAGAAAGGCGUCCCAGGACCUCCUCCUCCGGCUGCAGUACGCAAAACUAAACCCUCUGCCGAAUAUUCCAACACCGAAGCCUGAAAACAUUACAGAAAUCACCGAAGAAUUUAUCACUACUUCUUUGAAAAGAGCUCUAUAUCAAUAUUCCACUUUACAAGCAGAUGAUGGACAUUGGCCCGGUGAUUACAGCGGAAUUAUGUUCAUCAUGCCUAUUAUUAUAUUUUCAUUAUAUGUUACAGGAUCACUUAACACUGUACUAUCGUUGGAACAUCGUCGAGAGAUAUGCCGCUACAUUUACAAUCAACAGAACGAGGAUGGAGGAUGGGGGAAACAAGUUCUAGGCCCAAGUACCAUGUUUGGAUCAUGUACAAAUUAUGCAUCAUUAGUGCUUCUUGGUGAAAAGCUAGACGGCGAUCGGGAUGCUUUGAAUAAAGCGAAACAUUGGAUUUUAUCUCAUGGAAGUGCAACAGCAAUGCCGCAGUGGGGAAAAGUAUGGCUCUCGAUAAUUGGAGUAUAUGAUUGGUCUGGAAAUCAUCCAAUAAUACCUGAAUUGUGGUUGGUACCAGAUUUUCUUCCAAUUCACCCAGGUCGAUUUUGGUGUUUUACCCGGUUGGUGUACAUAUCAAUGGCUUACCUUUAUGGGAAGAAAUUUGUUGGGCCCCUAACUCCAACGAUACUAGCACUCCGUGAGGACCUCUAUAGUAUACCGUAUGAGCAGAUUAAUUGGGAAGAGGCUCGUGAUUCUUGUGCCAAGGAGGACCUUCUCUAUCCACGUUCACAGAUGCAAAACCAUGUAUUUAGUUUCUUGAACAAGUUUGUGGAGCCGAUUUUGAAUUGUUGGCCAGUCAACAAGCUAAGAGAGAGGGCUUUGAUUAACAUCAUGAAGCAUGUACAUUAUGAUGAUGAAGAAACUAAAUAUGUUAACAUUUGUCCUAUUAAUAAGGCAUUGAAUAUGAUUUGUUGUUGGAUAGAAGACCCAAACUCUGAUGCAUUCAAACAACAUCUUCCAAGGUUUUUCGAUUAUUUGUGGUUGUCAGAAGAUGGAAUGAAGGCACAAGUGUAUGAUGGAUGUCAUAGCUGGGAGAUAGCAUUCAUAAUUCACGCCUAUUACUCCACCGAUCUUAUUGAAUUGUUUGGCCCAACUCUACAAAAAGCUCAUGAGUUCUUGAAAAAAUCACAGGUUCUAAGCAACCCUCCAAAUUAUGAAAGUUAUUAUCGCCAUAGAUCAAAAGGUUCUUGGACUCUUUCAAGUGUAGACAAUGGUUGGUCCGUGUCUGAUUGUACCGCCGAAGCUGUUAAGGCAUUGCUACUGUUAUCGAAGAUUUCACCUAAUCUUGUCGGAGACCAUAUUGACGAACACCGGUUAUAUGAUGCCAUCGACUGCAUCUUGUCUUUCAUGAAUAAGGAUGGCAGCUUUUCGACGUACGAACGUCAACGGACAUUCUCCUGGUUGGAGGUUCUCAACCCAUCUGAGAGUUUUCAAAACAUUGUCAAUGACUACCCUUCUGUUGAAUGCACAUCCUCGGUGCUUGAUGCUCUUAUACUUUUCAAAGAGACAUAUCCAAAAUAUCGAACAAGAGAGAUAGAAAAGUGCAUUCAAGAUGCUGCUUUAUUUAUUGAGAAGAAACAAAACAAUGAUGGUUCAUGGUAUGGCUCUUGGGCUAUCUGUUUCACUUAUGGAACCAUGUUUGCGGUACGGGGAUUAGUUGCCGCUGGAAGAACUUAUGAUAAUAGUUAUGCCAUCAGGAAAGCAUGCAACUUUUUGUUAUCAAAGCAACAAAGUACAGGUGGAUGGGGUGAAAGCUUUCUUUCAAGUGAAACUGGGGAGUAUGUUGAUAGUGGUAAUCCGAAUGCUGUGAACACUUCAUUUGCAAUGUUGGCUUUAAUUUAUGCUCGGCAGGUUGAACGGGAUCCUAUACCUAUAUGUGGUGCAGCAAGACAAUUGAUCAACAUGCAGCUUGAAACAGGAGAAUUUCCUCAACAGGAACAUAUUGGAUGCUUUAAUUCCUCCUUGUACUUCAACUACGCCAACUACCGCAACUUAUACCCCAUUAUGGCUCUUGGGGAGCUCCGUCGCCGACUUCUUGCAAACAAGAACUAG